AUGGCGAGCAGGGGCGGAGCGACGAGACCCAACGGUGCCAAUGGUGCUAACAAGAUCUGCCAGUUCAAGUUGGUUCUGCUGGGUGAGUCGGCCGUGGGCAAGUCCAGCUUGGUGCUGCGCUUCGUCAAGGGACAAUUCCAUGAAUUCCAGGAAAGCACAAUAGGAGCGGCCUUCUUAACUCAGACGGUAUGUCUGGAUGAUACGACGGUCAAAUUUGAGAUUUGGGACACUGCGGGGCAGGAGCGCUAUCACAGCCUGGCGCCUAUGUACUACAGAGGAGCGCAGGCUGCUAUUGUCGUUUAUGACAUCACCAAUGAGGAGUCUUUUGCUCGGGCCAAGAAUUGGGUGAAGGAGUUGCAGAGGCAAGCCAGCCCGCAUAUCGUCAUCGCCUUUUCAGGCAACAAGGCCGACUUGGCCUCUCAGAGGGCGGUGGACUUUCAGGAUGCUCAGGCGUAUGCAGACGACAACAGCUUACUUUUUAUGGAGACGUCGGCCAAGACGUCUAUGAAUGUCAACGAAAUAUUUAUGGCCAUUGCUCAACGAUUGCCCAAGACUGAUCCUCAGUCGUCGGGCACCGCUGGCGGAGGCGGGCGCAACCGCGGCGUGGACCUGGCGGAGGCAGCGCAACCUGCCAGGGCGCCGUGCUGCGGCAACUAG